CACGUCGCGCCGGCUAUAAAACGGAGGGCUUGUGACGCAAGGGCGCCUCGGCGCGCGUAUUGGCUCCCUCUACUGCGGGCCGGCUGGGCUACGCGCUCUUCUCGGAGCCGCUCACUGCAUGGUAGAGUCUUGUGCCCCCGCCGCCGCCUGUAAAGCCGCCGCCGCCCCGCGACGACCACCGCUACCCCCUGCCCUGCAGCCGCCGCCACCGCCGCCGCCUGUGUCGCCGCCGCCUCGGGACCGGCUGUAUGAUUAGGCCACAAUCUUCAAUGAGUAAACAUAUUCCUCAGUUCUGUGGUGUUCUUGGUCACACAUUUAUGGAGUUUCUGAAGGGCAGUGGAGAUUACUGCCAGGCACAGCACGACCUCUAUGCAGACAAGUGAACUGUAGAAAUUCAUUACUACUCCACCAAGAAGCCCCCGUAAGAGUGGUUAACCUGGACACAGAAGUGUUGAAUUGAAAUCCACAGAGCAUUUUACAAGAGUUCUGACCUGGAUGGGGUAAACCUCAGUGCACUUCCUUUCUAUUGCCUCAGUAUUACUGGAUUGAAGAAUUGCUGCUUCUUGUUAGGAGGUUCAUUUCAUUUCCCAUUACUCCCAACUUCAUACUCAAAGCACUGAGAAUUUCAAGUGGAGUAUAUUGAAGUAGACUCAGUUUCUUUGCGUCAUUUCUGUAUUCAAUUUUUUAAAUUCUUUCAUAACCCUAUUGAGUGUUUUUUAACCAAAUUAACAUGGCUCGAAUGAACCGCCCAGCUCCUGUGGAAGUCACAUACAAGAACAUGAGAUUUCUUAUUACACACAAUCCAACCAAUGCGACCUUAAACAAAUUUAUAGAGGAACUUAAGAAGUAUGGAGUUACAACAAUAGUAAGAGUAUGUGAAGCAACUUAUGACACUACUCUUGUGGAGAAAGAAGGCAUCCAUGUUCUCGAUUGGCCUUUUGAUGAUGGUGCACCACCAUCCAACCAGAUUGUUGAUGACUGGUUAAGUCUUGUAAAAAUUAAGUUUCGUGAAGAACCUGGUUGUUGUAUUGCUGUUCAUUGUGUUGCAGGCCUUGGGAGAGCCCCAGUGCUUGUUGCCCUAGCAUUAAUUGAAGGUGGAAUGAAAUAUGAAGAUGCAGUACAGUUCAUAAGACAAAAGCGGCGUGGAGCUUUUAACAGCAAGCAACUUUUGUAUUUGGAGAAGUAUCGUCCUAAAAUGCGGCUGCGCUUCAAAGACUCCAAUGGUCAUAGAAACAACUGUUGCAUUCAAUAAAACUGGGGUACCUGAUGUAAUUGCCUUGGAAGUGGAACUUGAAACAGGACCUAAUUUGUCAUACAUACUAGCCAACAUGUUGGCUUCGUGAUUAAGUCUAAUGAAGCUUCCAUAGGAGUAUUGGAAAGCAGUUUUAUCAGGCCACAAGUUUGACAGAAUUGCAACCUCUGUGUUUGGGUUACGAUCAACCUAUUUGGACACUUAGCAAAAGAUUUUUGCUUUACCGCGUUUAAAAUGUGCUUAUCACUUGUACCAAUUGACCUUUCCUGAAAUCAUGCAGUAUUGAGUUAUGUCUUUAAAUCUGUUCCCAUGCCAGAAUCUUAUCAAUAUAUAAGAAAUUUAGAAAGAUUAGGUGCCAAAAUACCCAGCACAAUACUUGUAUAUUUUUAGUAUCAUACAGAACUAAAAUCCCAGGAACUAUGAACACUCUGGACCUUAUGUGGUUUAUUCCUUCAGUCAUUUCAAACAUAGAAAUUAGGGCCUAUAUGGUUAUUUGCCUGCUCACUUUAUGUUUACAUCUCCCACAUUCAUACCAGUAUACAUCAGGUUUGCUCAACUUUUUUUUUUUUUUUUUAAACCAAGUCUUACAAUGAUUAUUUCAUGUCUUUCAACAAAUUUCAUUUUGUGGUGUUAUAGAAAACCUCCAUUUUGAAAAUCUACGUUGUACAGAAGCACAUGUCUUUAAUGUCUCCAGACAAAAAAGCCUUACAGUUAAUUUUAAUGUUUGCACUUUGGGGUGCAACUUACAGGGAGGGCCUGAAAAAAGAACGGGAGGGGGCUAUUAAGUAUUUUUAGUAAAAUGUUGCCUUUGUCUCGUGCAGAACAUGUAGAAUAUGCUCUUUAAUUUAGUAAAUAUUUUUUUAAAAGGUAGAGAUGCUUUGUUGUAGCUAAAACAAUUCUUAAUCAUAAAAUUUCUGAAAUUCUUGUAAUUUUUUUUCUUAACUGAAGUUGUUUACCAACUUAUUUUUGUUUGAAGUGUGAUUUUUUUUUUCCUUCUCUUCCCAACCUCUCUUGCAAAAAAAAAAAGUGGGUUUCUGCUAAUGAAUUGAGCAGACAUCUAAUAUUUUAUAUGCCUUUUGAGCUGUGUAACUUAAUAUUUGGAUACUUGAUAAUUUGUUUUAUUAUGUAAUUGAUAAAAUGGUGAUGUGUAUUAAUGUUAGUUCAACCAUAUAUUUAUACUGUCUGGGAAUGUGUGGUUAUAGUUCUGUGGGAGAAAUAAUUUGUCAGUGUUCACCAGCUUGUAAAAAUCUAGUGCGAGAGCUUAAACAUCUAAAUAAAUAAUGAAAUGCAUUUAUCAUCAUUGAAA